CCCGCCCCGCCGGUUUCACAACCGCGGGCACCGGCCGCGCCGGGCGGUUCCGCAAAUGUUUUGCUGCGCGGGGCCCGGCCGCGGCUCGCCCCGGGCGCAUGGCUCGGCCGCCGGGGCCGCCGCUCCGGGCCGCGCCGCCGCUCCCGCUCCCGCCGCCGCUGCUGCUGCUGCUGCUGCCGCUGCUCCUCGCCGCCGCCGCGCUGCCCCGGCGGCCCUGCGACCCCGCGGAGCUGCCGCCGGACACGGUGCUGGGGCGCCCGGGGGGCAACGUGACGCUGCGCUGCGGGGGCGAGGGGCUGCCGAAUGACAGCGUGUCCUGGGAGCUGGAGACGCGCCGCGGCCGGCGGCUGGCGCAGGGGGCGGCCCUGCCGCUGCGGGGGCUGCAGCGGGGCGACGCGGGGCGCUACAGCUGCCGCCGGGGGGGCCGCCCCCCCCGCACCCUGCGCCUCCUGGUCCAAGACCCCCCCGAGGCGCCCCGCGUCUCCUGCUACCGGCGCAGCCACGACCGGGACGUCCUGUGCGAGUGGCCGCUGCGGGCGAAGCCGGCCCCCGGCACGCGGGCGACGCUGUGGGUGAAGCGGCGGUUCACGGCGGAGAACGCCACGGAGCAGCAGUGCCGCUAUUUCUCCAAGGUGCAGAAGUUCGUCUGCCGGCUGACGGUGCCGCCGGGCGCGGACGACAACAAGCCGCUCGUGGUGUCCACCUGCGUCCGCAACGGCGCCGGCAGCGCGGCCGGCGAGGACAAGAUCAUCACGCUCAGCGGCGUCCUGAAGCCGGACCCGCCGCUCAACGUGACGGUGCGGGCGCUGGAGCGGCGGCCGCGGCGGCUGCGCGUGGCCUGGGCCUACCCCUCCUCCUGGGACCCCCGCUUCUACUGGCUGCGCUUCCAGGUGCGCUACCGCCCCGAGCCCGCCCGGACCUUCACGGAGGUGAGCCCAGCCCCGGCGCCGUGGGGAGGGUCCCGCGGCGGCCGGCGGCUCCCGCUGCCCCCGUGCCCCCAGGUGGACCAGGUGACGCAGACGUCGCUGGACAUCGCCGACGCCUGGGCGGGCACCCGGCACGUGGUGCAGGUGCGGGCGCGGGAGGAGUUCGGCCACGGCGCCUGGAGCGAGUGGAGCCGCGAGGCCGUGGGCACCCCCUGGACAGAUCCCCAAGACCUCGCGUCGGAGCCGGGGCCCUUCAGCUCGCAGUUCCCGGCGGAGGAUGGCACCGACGGCUACGGGGCUACGCUGCCCCCCGAGCUCUUCGGGGCCGACCCCACCGAGGAGGCCGCCGGCGGGGAGACCCUGGAGGCCGGCAGCCGCCCCGGCGCGGCCCCCUCCGCCUUCCUCGUGGCCGGCGGGAGCCUGAUUCUGGGAAUCGCCCUCUUCGUCGGCAUCGUGAUGCGGUACCGGCGGACGUGGCGGGCGGGCGGGCGGCGGGGGGCCAAGCCGGACGGCGCGGGGCAGCACGCGCUGGUGCCGCUGGCCCCCCCCAGCCCCAGCUCCCCGCUGAGCGAGACCCCGCUGCUGCCGCCCGCCAGCCCCCCGGCCCCGGGGCCCUUCCACGCCACCAACCUGGACUAUUUCUUCUCCGGCAAGUAGCCGGGCUGGACGCUGCGGGGGGGGGCCGCGGCCCCGGAAGCGUGGGAGCGGGGCCCCCCCGGGCAGGGCUGAGCCCCGGCCCCGUGCAGGCAGCAGCGGGAGCGCCCGGCGGGCUCGGCCGCAUCCCGCGGCCCCAGCGCAGCGCAGAGAGUUUAUUUUUGCAGCACGUGUUGGGGAAACGUGACCAAACGCGUCUCCUAAAUAAAUGCCUUUUAUUUUUAA